ACGAAUGGACGCGUCCGGCGGCUCUUAUAAACCAGCGCGCGCCCCAAACCGGGAGAGACCAUCACCAGAAGCUGCAAGCUCUCCUUACAAAGCCUCCAAGGCCUCUUCUCCAGCCGCCCAACCACAGCCAGCUAGUAGUGAUCUCUCUCUCGGGAGCACACAGCUAAGGCACAGCACCUGUGCUAAGCUCCUGUUUCGUCGCGGCCAAGCUUUCUGAUCCUCGGUAGGAACAACCGACGUCAAAUGGCCGGUGGUAGAAGUGCCGAGCAUCAGCUCCUCUCCAGGAUUGCCGCCGGCGAUGGCCACGGCGAGAACUCGUCCUACUUCGACGGCUGGAAGGCCUACGACAUGAACCCUUUCGACCUGCACCGCAACCGCGACGGCGUCAUCCAGAUGGGCCUCGCCGAGAACCAACUGUCGCUUGACCUGAUCGAGCAAUGGAGCAUGGAGCACCCGGAGGCGUCCAUCUGCACGGCGCAGGGCGCGUCGGAGUUCCGGAGGAUAGCCAACUUCCAGGACUACCACGGCCUGCCGGAGUUCAGAGAGGCGAUGGCUAAGUUCAUGGGGCAGGUGAGGGGCGGGAAGGUGACGUUCGACCCCGACCGCGUCGUGAUGAGCGGAGGAGCCACCGGCGCCCAGGACACUCUGGCCUUCUGCCUCGCUGACCCAGGCGACGCCUACCUCGUGCCGACGCCAUAUUACCCAGCUUUCGACCGUGAUUGUUGCUGGAGGUCAGGAGUGAAGCUGCUGCCCAUCGAAUGCCACAGCUCAAACAACUUCACCCUCACACGGGAGGCGCUGGUGUGGGCCUACGACGACGCGCGGAGACAGGGCAUCCGCGUGAGGGGCAUCCUCAUCACCAACCCCUCCAACCCGCUGGGCACCACCAUGGACCGCGCCACACUGGCGAUGCUGGCCACGUUCGCCACGGAGCACCGCGUCCACCUCAUCUGCGACGAGAUCUACGCGGGCUCCGUCUUCGCCAAGCCGGACUUCGUGAGCAUCGCCGAGGUCAUCGAGCACGACGUCCCCGGAUGCAACAGGGACCUCAUCCACAUCGCCUACAGCCUCUCCAAGGACUUCGGCCUCCCGGGGUUCCGCGUCGGCAUCGUCUACUCGUACAACGACGGCGUCGUGGCCUGCGCGCGCAAGAUGUCCAGCUUCGGCCUCGUCUCCUCGCAGACGCAGCACUUCCUGGCGAAGAUGCUCUCCGACGGCGAGUUCAUGGCGCGCUUCCUCGCGGAGAGCGCGCGGCGGCUGGCGGCGCGCCACGAGCGCUUCACCGAGGGGCUCCGCGAGGUCGGCAUCGCGUGCCUGCCGGGCAACGCGGGGCUCUUCUCGUGGAUGGACCUGCGGGGCAUGCUCAGGGACAAGACGCCCGACGCGGAGCUGGAGCUGUGGCGGGUCAUCAUCCACGAGGUGAAGCUCAACGUGUCGCCAGGCACGUCGUUCCACUGCAACGAGCCCGGAUGGUUCCGCGUCUGCCACGCCAACAUGGACGACGACACCAUGGAGGUGGCGCUCCGCAGGAUCCACCACUUCGUGCGCCAGCACCAGCAGCAGCAGCAGCAGCAGAGCAAGGCCAAGGCCGAGCGCUGGGCGGCCACGCGCCGCCUGCGCCUCAGCUUGCCGCGCCGGGGAGCUGCUUCGCACCUCGCCAUCUCCAGCCCCUUGGCGUUGCUGUCGUCGCCGCAGUCGCCCAUGGUCCACGCCAGCUAAGUCACCGAGCAUUCGGCAAGACUGGCUGUAGGGUGCGUGUGCCCGUACAUCCGUACGUGCACCUUUUUUUUCCAGUCACAUGACUACAAGCAAGUCUAUGUGAUCGUUGAGAAAAAGAUUAGACAAGAGUAAAUGGGCGUACGUAGCUAGUUUGACGUUAUACAGAGACGUUCUGCAGGUAUCGGUAGUCAAGCAGGACACAUUGUCCUCGAUUCAUUCGUGCAUAUGUUUUUUUUUUUGGCGAAAAAAUCGCGUAUAUGGUUUGGUUUGACGUUAGUAUAAAGCAUGGUAGAAUAACGAUCGGAUAUGGUAAUUUAAUCCUGCCGAUCAAUUGUUGUUGUAAACCUCUGAAGGAAGUUUAUAACAGAAGCACAGUACCACAAAGCGUGAAUAAAAGACAAGUUUACUAAUCAUAAUUAUCUAUAUCGAGUUACUCCUA